GGCGCCGCCGCGGAGCGCCGCCCGCUUCAGCCGACCAGCCCUGUCGGGUCGUGGCCCUCGCCGAGCCGAGCGGAGGGAAAGGCGGGAGGCGGCUGUGCGGAGGCGGCAGAGGCGCGGGCGGAGGCGGCGCGGCCGGCCGCGGCUGCCGCUUUGUUGUGCGGCCCGGGCCGAGGAAGGAGAAGUGGGAGGAGGGGGGAGCUCGGCGUCCCGCUCCCUCCGCGGCUCAUGGCGACGACGCUCGGCACAUCCGGGACCCUCCGGCCGCGGCGGCCGCGGCGCCGGCUGCUCGGGCCCCAGCCCCGGACGCUGUGGUGACUCCGCCGCGCCUCGCCGUCGCCCCCGCCCCGCCCGCCCGCCGGCCCGGGCCCCGCGUCUGCAGCCGGAGCCCCGCCGCCGCCCCCGCCGCCGGGGACAUGUCUAACCCGGGAGGCCGGAGGAACGGGCCGGUCAAGCUGCGCCUGACAGUACUCUGUGCAAAAAACUUGGUGAAAAAGGAUUUUUUCCGACUUCCUGAUCCAUUUGCUAAGGUGGUGGUUGAUGGAUCUGGGCAGUGCCAUUCUACAGAUACUGUGAAGAAUACACUCGAUCCAAAGUGGAAUCAGCAUUAUGACCUAUAUAUUGGGAAGUCUGAUUCAGUUACCAUCAGUGUAUGGAAUCACAAGAAGAUCCAUAAAAAACAAGGUGCUGGAUUUCUGGGUUGUGUUCGUCUUCUUUCCAAUGCCAUCAACCGCCUCAAAGACACUGGUUAUCAGAGGUUGGAUCUAUGCAAACUUGGGCCAAAUGACAAUGAUACAGUUAGAGGACAGAUAGUAGUAAGUCUUCAGUCCAGAGACCGAAUAGGCACAGGAGGACAAGUUGUGGACUGCAGUCGUUUGUUUGAUAAUGAUUUACCAGAUGGUUGGGAAGAAAGGCGAACUGCCUCUGGGAGAAUCCAGUAUCUAAACCACAUAACAAGAACUACGCAAUGGGAACGCCCAACACGACCGGCGUCGGAAUAUUCUAGUCCCGGCAGACCUCUCAGCUGCUUUGUUGAUGAGAACACUCCGGUUAGUGGAACAAAUGGUGCGACAUGUGGACAGUCGUCAGAUCCCAGACUGGCAGAGAGGAGAGUCAGGUCACAACGACAUAGGAAUUACAUGAGCAGGACACAUCUGCAUACUCCUCCAGACCUCCCAGAAGGCUAUGAGCAGAGGACAACGCAACAAGGUCAGGUAUAUUUCUUACAUACUCAGACUGGUGUGAGCACGUGGCAUGAUCCAAGAGUGCCCAGAGAUCUUAGCAACAUCAAUUGUGAAGAGCUUGGUCCAUUGCCUCCUGGAUGGGAGAUCCGUAAUACGGCAACAGGCAGAGUUUAUUUCGUUGACCAUAACAACAGAACAACACAGUUUACAGAUCCCCGGCUCUCUGCUAACCUGCAUUUAGUUUUAAACCGGCAGAACCAAUUGAAAGACCAGCAGCAGCAGCAAGUGGUAUCAUUAUGCCCUGAUGACACGGAGUGUCUGACAGUCCCAAGGUACAAGCGAGACCUGGUUCAGAAACUCAAAAUUUUGCGGCAGGAACUUUCCCAACAACAGCCUCAGGCUGGCCACUGCCGCAUUGAGGUUUCCAGGGAAGAAAUUUUUGAGGAAUCGUAUCGACAGGUCAUGAAAAUGAGACCAAAAGAUCUGUGGAAGCGAUUAAUGAUAAAAUUUCGUGGAGAAGAAGGCCUUGACUAUGGAGGGGUUGCUAGGGAAUGGUUGUAUCUUUUAUCCCAUGAAAUGUUGAAUCCAUACUAUGGCCUUUUCCAGUAUUCAAGAGAUGAUAUCUACACAUUGCAGAUCAAUCCUGAUUCUGCAGUUAAUCCGGAGCAUUUAUCAUAUUUCCACUUUGUUGGCCGGAUAAUGGGAAUGGCUGUGUUUCAUGGACAUUAUAUUGAUGGUGGUUUCACAUUGCCUUUUUAUAAACAGUUGCUUGGGAAGUCAAUUACUUUGGAUGACAUGGAGUUAGUUGAUCCAGACCUUCAUAACAGUUUGGUGUGGAUACUUGAGAAUGAUAUUACGGGUGUCUUGGACCAUACCUUCUGUGUUGAACAUAAUGCAUAUGGUGAAAUUAUUCAGCAUGAACUUAAACCAAAUGGCAAAAGUAUCCCUGUAACUGAAGAAAAUAAAAAGGAAUAUGUCAGGCUCUAUGUGAACUGGAGAUUUUUACGAGGCAUUGAGGCUCAGUUCCUGGCUCUGCAGAAAGGAUUCAAUGAAGUAAUCCCACAGCAUCUGCUGAAGACAUUUGAUGAGAAGGAGUUAGAGCUCAUUAUUUGUGGACUUGGAAAGAUAGAUGUUAAUGACUGGAAGGUAAACACCCGGUUAAAACACUGUACACCAGACAGCAAUGUUGUAAAGUGGUUCUGGAAAGCUGUGGAGUUUUUUGAUGAAGAGCGACGAGCACGGUUACUUCAGUUUGUGACAGGAUCGUCUAGAGUGCCUCUGCAGGGCUUUAAAGCUUUACAAGGUGCUGCAGGCCCACGGCUCUUCACGAUACACCAGAUUGAUGCCUGCACCAACAACCUGCCGAAAGCUCACACUUGCUUCAACAGAAUUGACAUUCCGCCCUAUGAAAGCUAUGAAAAGCUAUAUGAAAAGCUGCUAACAGCCAUCGAAGAAACAUGUGGAUUUGCUGUGGAAUGACAUCAUCAAGGAUUAACCCAGGACUCUAUUUAUGCCCCUGACCGACAGCCUCCUUUCAGAGAAUUUUCAAGGAAUACUGAAUUACAGGAAACCCCGCCCCCCCCCCACCUUUCUUUUUUAAGUUUGAGGACACUGUGAGGGGAAAGGACAAUUUUGAAAUUCCUUUUCAAGGAAAAAAAGGUCUUUAUGCUUUGCCAUGAGGCCACAUUCAGCUGCUAUUUAAAAUUAAUAUCUUGAACCUAAAGAAUGCUGACUUUUCCUACAUUUCCAGAGUUAGGCAGUAUUCGACACUUAAAGACUACUACUAUUUUUAUAAAAGGUAAUCUAUUCAAAUCGCUUCAUAGAUUUCAAGUCUCUGAAACAUCAAGACAACUUCAGCAGUCGGUACAAGUCACAUUUCAAUUUGAUUGGAUACAUGAUUUUGAACAGCUCCUGUACUUGUUCUUUGUAAAAAAAAUAAAAUAAAAUAAAAUUAUUUUGGAUUAUUCUAACUUUGUAAAAAAUUGGUUAAAAUAAUCAUCUUUUAAAAAAUUAAGCCAGUUACACAUUUAAUUACAUUUUCCUAUAGGAAAGCAUUCUAUUUUGCAUUAUGUGUUUCAACCUAGCCUAAGUGGGUCUUUUUUAUAUUUUUCAAGCGUGAAUCUCCUGGAAUACAGCUAUAUAAUUUUGGUUGUCAAAUUCCUGAUGCAACCAUUUAGUCUAAACUUAGUAGCUUAUUUGAUACAGUAAGAUAUGUUCAGGGGCUCCCUGUUUAAGAGACUUAAAAAAAAACCUGAUGUUUUUAUCUGGAACAAGUAUGAUCAGGUAUUUUGGAUUUACUUUUCAUCUUAAAUGGAAAUACUGCAUUUUUUAUAGCUCCUGAGAUCAUGUGGAUGGGAUGGUAUUUUCAUUCUUUUGCUGGGUCAGCCUCUCUUUGAUAAUAUACUAUUUUUAUAAACCAAAGUCUCCUACAACAAGUGCACCUAAUUUAUAUUUUAAUUACAGUGUAAGUUUCUGUCAAGUAAAACAUCCUGAGUCUUUGUUUAGCUGCUGAUGACAUUUUAAACGACUGAAAUGAUGAAAAAGGAAAAAUUCACUAAAGGUUAUUUAGCAAACAUAGAAAGCCUCGCUUUUACCUAACAAAGUGAAGUGGAGGUCCUAGAGGCCGUGAGGAUGUGAUUACUAAAGGAACGACGACUCUUAACUCCAUGGAAUAAGUUGCUUUACAACUGAAGAGUUAAUUUUCUAAGUAAAGGAAUCUCAGUUCUUUUGGUGUUGAAGAUCAGCAAGGGAUUUGGAAAUGUCCAGAUUGAGCUUCCGGAGCAUGUGGCAUGUGGCAUGAUCCAGAAGGCGACCAAGAUUCCCAGGUGAGGGAUUAGAAAAACCUAAGACCAGGAGUGCAUUUUUAAAUUGAGCUAUCACAAAUCUGCACUAUUUUUUUUUUUCUACAUUGAUGUGAAAUAAUCAAGAAUAGCAACUUUUGAUGAGGUGGAAUUGUUUAAAUUUUGCACUUAAAAUUAUGAAGUGAAUAGGCCCUUUGUGUUCUAUUUCAUGUGAUGGAGUGGUUUUCUAUCUAUGUUCCUUGGAACCAGAGGGUUCCUCAGAGAUGCCCCCCGAAUGGUUUAAGAUAAGGGAGAGGGAGGGGAAAGGCCUCACUGGUAUUCGAACAGGGGCUUGUAAGCCCCCUGUCGUUUUACCUAGAGUAGCUCAUUUUUCUCUUUUGUAUAUUGGGAUUCCAAGAAGGCCUUCACAAGGUGGGGUUGCGGUCUGUAAGAGAGUUGGAGAUUUUGCUGCUUAAAAGGAAAUUGGGAACUACUUACAUAGUUUCUAAGUUAUUUCAUUUGGCCAAAUUUGCUACAGGUUACGCUAGUCUUUGUCAUAAGUGUCAUCACUGGGUAAUGUGCUUACACCUACCUUCUUCUUCCCAAACAUUUUGUUCUUUACCUUCUGCAUUCUAAUUAGUGCUGCAAUCUUGAAAUGGACAUAAAUGGUUUCUACACUACUUGACCACCAUCAGUAGUUUUACCUUAUUGGCUGCCAGCCCACCUUUUUUUAGAUUAAAGCACUAGUGCAGUUUGUAAUUGUGCCUACUCUUAAUUCUUUGGCAAAAAGUAAGUACAUGGUAAACAUUUUAUAGAAGUCAUGACUGACAGGGAUGCAGUAAUUAUGAAAUGCUAUUAUCAAUCGUUAUAAUGUAUAAUACAGAGCAGGCAAAUAUUGCUUUUUGAGUGCCUUUUUAACUUUAUAAUAAUGACUUCAUAAAUAGAGCUUUAAAAGAAAUAAAUUACCCUCAGUACCAGUCUAUGGUAUCAUCCACAUGAUUUAAAUUUAAAUUUCAAAAUUACAUUACCCGAUUACUUCCAAAUAGGUGCUAAGCAAACAAAAAACCCCAAAUGUGUCAUUGAACCUUGGACUUGCACCUCUUGUUUAAUGUGAAUAUUUAUUUCCACAUGUCCCUCUUUACUGAGUUUUUUCUUAUCCAUCCUCCAGUGGUGUUAUCUCAGCCAUGUGGUGUCACAUUCCCAUGCUAUUGCCUUCCCAUCGUGAAUGCUUAAUUGUGAACAAUGAUUACUUUGUAGAGCUCAUGUGAGUACAGAGGUGAGUUUUGUUUCAGAGGGUCUUAUUUCUUGAUGUAAAGAGUUUUUAAAUAGUGCUGUGUAUAGUGUACAUUUUGUUUUGCACAUAUUUUGUUGCUCUGAAUGAGUUUUAUUUUUACCAAGUCUUAUCUUUUUUCUUGUAUUUACAGUCCAGAGCACAAGUUUCCCUUCUUUUAAAAACAGUGUAAUUUGUUUUCUUUUACAACACUAUAUCUGAUUUGAACUUCUGGUGCAUUGAACUGAUUGCAUUGCUGGAAGGUAGACUGCCCCAGCCAUCUUUACAGUUUGGUAGAGCAGCUCCUUCUUUCUUCCAUUUUCAAGCUGCAGCCUAUAGUCAACGGGCGCCAUUUGUGGUAUUUAACAUUCUUCUGUUAGGAUGAUGAUUGUACCAAAUGCUGAGUUGUUUUGUUUCUAGAUGUAAUUAGUUCACUUAAUGUAAUAUUCUUUCUUCUUUCAAACUGACUUUAAAAACAAAGUUUUAUCAUUUUCAUUGUAUUUGUAUUUAUUACAGAGUGUUUCAGCUUUGAUAUUCUUUGUAUUUUCACUCAGCUGUUACAUGAGCUUUAUCAAUAACAUCUGUAUAAAUGGUUUUAGAAAAUUAACUAUGUAUUUGCCCAUGCUGAAGUUGAGCAAUAAAAUGAAUGCUGUUUGCACUGUCACAGCAUCCAAGUCUUUAAAGAAUACUGAGUUUGUAAUGCAGUGUUUCAAAAAGAUUUAUGAUUGGCUCUGUGAAAGGUGACAGCAUAUGAUCUGGAAGGUAAGAAGCUGAGGAACAAGAAUGCAGGCCUACCCUAGUUGAUGCCUGUGUCUCACUGCAGAGGUUCGGGGGCUCAGGACCACUGUCCCUAUGUAGAGCAGGGAAGGUGCUUGUUUUUGCCUACGAUGGAAGCUUGAUCAGUUGGCAAUGGCUGUAUGGAGGCUGCGUGGAGAUGGUUUUCUGAGGCCAGUCCAGGCUGAGUGGGUCAGAGAGUUCGGCCCUACAACGACAUUUGUCAGGGAUCUGGAGAUAAGGUACCAAACCCAUUGCGGCCGAGUCAAUUCUAACUCAUAGUGACCCUAUAGGACAGAGUAGAACUGCCUCAUAGUUUCCAAGGAGCGCCUGGUGGAUUCGAACUGCUAACCCUUUGGUUAGCAGCCAUAGCACUUAACCACUACGCCACCAGGGUUUCUGAGCUAAGGUACCAAACCAAAAAAAAAAAAAAAAAAACCAAACCCAUUGCCGUCAAGUUGAUUCCAAUGCGUAGUGACCCUACAGGACAGCAGAACUGCCGCAUAGAGUUUCUAAGGAGCGCCUAGUGGAUUCCAGGUACCGACCCUUUGGUUAGCAGCUGUAGCUCUUGACCACUAUGCCACCAGGGUUUCUCGAGCUAAGGUACUACAGGGGCCUUAUAUUUGCCUUCUCUGUGUUGGCGUUCAGCAGUAAAAUCAUGGUUUUUAAGGUUUAUGAUUCACACCUCAUAACAGGUAAGAGUCCUGCUAACUACGUGAGUAGAAAGAGUAAAUACUGUAUAUCCUUUUAUCCAGAAUAUAGGUACACAAUGGAAUGGAAUCAUGUCUGGGAAAAUGCAGUGUUUAAGUAGUAGCGGAUGGCACUGGGUUUUUGCGUUUUUAAUAAUAGUGGUGUAUUAAAAGUUAAAGGAGUGGGCUUGGUGUCCAUUUUUAUAUCCUUUUGAAAAAAAAAUUUUUUUUUUUUUGCUUUGUCCCACAUGGUUGUGUUUCCUGGUUAUUAUCUAAAAUUUGUAAAGUUAUAGAACAUUACAGAUUUUGGUAUUAUAAUAGCUUAUAAAUUACCCAAAAGUUCUGACUACUCUGGUUCAAGUUCUGCUGUGUGGUGACCUGAAAAGCUUGUCCCUUCAUUAUAGUGAACAUUAGCCAUCUUACUGACUGCAUUUAUUUGUACUUUACACCCCAUGUGCUUACAAUAGGAUAUAUAUAACAGGCCAAGAGCCUAGUAACAGGAUAAAACCCAAACCCACUGCUGUCGAGUCGAUUCCGACUCACAGGGACCCUAUAGGACAGACUAGAACUGCGCCAUAGGGUUUCCUAGGCUGUAAUCUUUACGGAAGCCAACUGCCACAUCCUUCUGCAGAGCAGCUGGUGGGUUUGAACCACCAACUUCUCAGUUUGCAGUGGAGUGCUUAACCACUGCACCACCAGGCCUUUUUUAGUAGCAGGAUAAAGGGGUAAUUAUGCCAGAAAAAGGGUUACAUUCCUAUGUUAACACUUACAGCAAACUAGACAACCCAGGUUUCAUUUAUACAUCAUAUGCUAUUAAAGUUGGUUAAAGGGUAUUUGCUGUAAAUAGACUUUCUCUCUGUCCAUUCAACAAAUACUUACUGUGCUUCCACUACACGCCAGGCUGUAUACAAGCUCAUGGGGAGAGAGCUUUGGAUGGUUGUUGGAAAACUGAACUUCCAAAUUAGGGCUUUUAACCUCUAUCUAUCUCAGUAAAGGCUGAAGUUCAGACUUAGGUACUGAGAACUUAAUUCAUGUACAGCAAAGUAGUCAGUCAUGAUGAGGGCACAAGAUCAAGCCUCCUACGUAAGCAAGGCCCCCAAGCCCAGACCUGCCUCAGCGUAGGAGGCUCCUUGUGUGUGUGUGCGUGUGCGCUCAUUACACAGUUGCCAGCCUCAUUACCAUCUGUUACUUUCGGGAGAGGAGGCUGCAUUGCCAAGGUGACAUGCUCAGCUGUUGCCAAUUAGCAUGCAUUUAUGGCUACUUGGGCUGGGGUUUAUCUAGGGCAUCAAUUAGUCUCUAACAUGAGUUGUAAAACCCCACUUUGGUCUCCCUUAUAGUUUUAUAAGUGAAGGAAGUGGGGAGGUGCCUGUCGCAGCUCACAGGGUGGGUGAGGAAUCAUUUACUUUUCUCCUGCCCACUUACGUACUUGUGAUGUCUUAGAAUCAACUUUUCAGACCGCUCACUUCUUCCAAAGAUUGUGAUGCUGGCAUGGUAAAAGGGUGGAGAACCAAGAAAAAGAUAUAAAUAACUCAAGAUCAGAAUGGCAAAAAAGUUUUAAAGGCAGUUCAAGUUUGAUGUUUUUAGAACAAGAAAGUAAAUCACCUCUCUCAAAUGAGUUGGAUGAUGGUUUGAAAUGCUUGAAAUACCAGAUAAAACAUGUUUCAGCAUGUUUGAAUCAGGGAGCUAAUGAAUUAGAGGUGUUUAUUUGUCCGUAAGUGCUGUUUUUUCCCCCAUUUUUGUUGACCUACAAGUAGUAAAAGGCCUCAGGAGCUGGCUACUCAACACAGGCUUGUUAACUGCUUUAACUUGGAUCUGACUAAUGAAAAAUGUGUACCUCUGUUCCCCCCUUUAAGGUUUUAGGUUACAAAUUCAAAAGCAGUAACUUUAAGAAAACAGCUUUUAUUUAAAAAAUCAUUUCAUAAAAAGUACUGGAAUGAAUACAUAGAUAAGGCAUUUCAAAAUGAUUUUUCUGGUUUAGACUGUUUACUGGCUCAAUUCUAGCUCUGCUCUGGUAAGGGCCUCCAGAAACUUCAUUUUGUGAAGUCCGGCUUCACAGUAAGGGGUUUUUACUGUACUGAAAGGAAGCCAGCUGAAGCCAAGAUUUGAAGCGCUCAGCUUCCAGUUCCCGGAAGAAAGUAUCCUCGUCGUUCUGUGUUAUCAUGUUCUGCAGCUGCUGAAUUUCCUUCUCCAUCUUAGAUCUCAGCUCCCUCUUCAUCUUACGUAAUGUCUAAAAGAGAAGUCACGUCAUCCUGCAAUUCAUUCAUCCAGGCCCUCUAUGUUUUUAUUCCCUCUCACCUUUCUGCUCAUGGAGCUCCACCAAUAAUUUUAAUAAUUUAGCAGCUUUUACAGAGGACUGAACAGGUAAAAUCACAGGAUAAAUGUCUUAGAUCAUGGAUGGGUUUUUUUAGUUAGUAUUCUCUCCACUCCCCUGAGAAGGAAUAAUACAGUUUUCCAUUUCCUGAAAAUGUAAAUAAUUUGUUAUCUUGUUAAUUAUUACCUGGGCCUGGGAUUUCUCUCUGGUUUUGAGCUCUUGACGUUCUUGUGAUAUGGCAUCUGCCAGCAAAGAAAACUGUUUACAGGAAAGAAAAAAAAGCAAAUCUUAGUAUUUGUAGUCCAAGUGUAAUAAAUCUUACACGUUAACACUCAUAGGCUUAAAAUCUUUAUUUUAAGGAGGUAGGGCAAUAUGGAUUCUGUACUUCGGUCAAGCACUAGCUUAUUUUAUGGUAAAUCUCAGCCUUUAAAUUGAGGUCAGUCUACCUAUAGUGCAAAAUUCUGAGUGGACUUUUCAUUGUUCAACAAAGUUGGCUUUUGACGCAGGUGGUCAGGAUUAAGCAUGUGAAAAUGUAAAGCGGGUGAGCCCACCUGGUCUUUAUAGUAGUUCUCCAUUGAAUCCAGUUCAUUCUGGUGCUGUCUCUUCUGUUCAUCUCGCUUUUCUUUAGCAUAGUUUCUCAGGUCCCGUAAUCUUUGCUUCUGAAUUUCUAAACCUUCUUCAAAUAGUUUCUUAAAUAGCUGUUAUUUAAUCAUAAAAACAAAGCUAUGUUACUGAGGAAUAUAAUCAUUUUGCCCAACUAGAGAUACAUACUGAUUGUAUUUCACAAAAUCUUUUUAAUAACAGCUUUAUUGAGAUACGGUAGUUUUUAGUAUAUUCAAAGUUGUGCAACCAUCACCCCCAAAAGGAUCCCUGUACCCAUUAGCACUCACUUUUCAUUCUCCCCUCCCUCUAGCCUCUGGCAACCACUAAUUCAUUUCUGUCUCUAUAGAUUUACCUGUUCUGGCCAUUUCAUAUAAACGGAAUCAUACAAUACGUGGUCUUUUGAUUCUGGCUUCUUUGAUCUAGUUUUCAAGGUUCAUCCAUUUUACGGCAUAUAUCAGUACUCCAUUUCUUUUUAUGGCUGAAUAAUAUUCCAUUGUAUGGGUAUAUGUUUUAUUUAUCCAGUCAUCAGCUGAGGGACAUCUGGGUAGUUUCUCCUUUUUUGACUAUUAUGAACGAUGCUGCUAUGAACAUGUACGUACAGGUUUCUGUGUGGAUGUGUAUCUAGGAAGUGGAACUGCUGGGUCGUAAGGUAACACUGUUGAGCCUUUUGAGAAACUGCCAGACUGUUUUCCCAAGUAGCUGCACUGUUUUAUAAUCCCAGUAGCCCUCUAUGAGGGUUCUGAGUUUUCCACCUUAAACAAGUUACUUAGCCCCUGAAAACCUUAUGAGUCUUCUCCUCUGGAAAUGAGGAUACUAGUAGGACCCACUUCAGAGCAUCCAGUUAGCUAUAAUUACUACAGUGUUUUACUCUAGAGAUGAAAUUUAUUGCUAGUUUGGGAUCCCAGAAGAUGAAGCAUUUCAGCUCGAUCAGGACACUGAGAUAGCAAAUACCUUGUGGAUACACCUCACAGGACAUCUGUUCCCACCAUUACUGAUUUUAUGUGAAUCCGAAACCAUCUAAUCACAUCCAAAGUUCCCGUCUCCCAUAACACGCUCCCAAACUCCUAAAGCAGUUGUACUGGGAAGUUCCUGUGUGUAGGUGGUCAGAGCCAAUUAAGGCUUCACAUUAAGACGAGGGCAGUGGAGAGUUCGAGAAUAGACAGAGAUGCACCGUGAGUAAGAACUGAAGUGUGGACCAGUAAGGAGUCCGAGCCAGCAUUUUAGGGCUUGAAUUUGGAUUUUUGGAUUCAAAUUAUGACGAAGAGUCACAAAGGAGGGACCUGAAAGUUAAACAGUAAAAUUUACCUUUUAAAAAACAGAAAAAACGUAUUUACCAUUUCUUCCCGGGUCCGCAUUCUCAUCAUUUUUGCACGUAACUGAACUCUAUAAUCGUCAUAGUAUUUGCGGGCACGAACAAUCUGCUGCCGAUUUUCUUUUAUCUUUGAUUGAGUCAGCCUCUGUCUGUUGAUGCGAUCCUUGAAGUCUUGCUAGGAAAGGGAAAAAGAGGUAAGGACGAGAAGAAGACAGCCUCCAGGGUUCUCAUCUGCCCUACUCCCCAUCACGAUGCUGGGUCUGGAGGGUCAGUGGCCUGCUGCUUGGGCAUAGAGGGUGAAAGACUGUUGGCUCCCAGAAGUCCUCCAGCCUUUGGCAGGUCCAUCACCUCGAUGGGCCUCAGUCCCAGGAGCAGCCCUAACAAGCCCCCACUGCUGCAGAGAGCAGCAAUGAUCCUGAGCACUCCUAGCGGAUUCCAGAGUCUCAUCUCCCUUGUCCACCAGGGAUUUAAUGAGGCCGAAACUAAAGACUACACGAAAAUUGUUUUCUCCGUUCCCCAGUGGGAACCAAAAACCAAACCCAUUGCUGUCAAGUCGAUUCCAUAGUGACCCUAUAGGACAGAGUAGAACUGCACCAUAGGGUUUCUAAAGAGCGCCUGGUGGAUUCAAACUGCCGACAUUUUGGUUAACAGCCUUAGCUCUUAACCACUACACCACCAGGUUUCCCCCACUGGGAAGGGGGCUUAUAAACUUUCGAACUCUCUUCCUUAUGAAACUGGACAAUACCUGUAAAGUAGUGAGGAUGCAACGAGGUCAUGUACACAAAACCUUCAAUUAGGUAUUGAAAUAUUUGUUUUCUUCUCCCCCUAUCAAAGUAUCACAUGUGUUCUGGAGAUGGCUUCCCCUUAUUUCUCUGUAAUUGUUUAGAAUUAUAGUUCUCAUGGCUUCCCUCUACUUCACAGUCAACCAAAGGUUUCUAAAUUUCUUCCUUUGCCGUAUGGUCUCUGACCUCUGUCUUCUCCCUUCGGUAUAUUCAACAGAGGAUAAUGAGCUAAGUACAAUUCCCAAUCCAAAUUAUAACUGUUAGCUGUUGUCGAAUUGGCCCUGGUCCUGUGCCAUCUUGAGGAUUGGACGGUUGUGAUUCAGAGUGUUUUUACUGGCUGAUUUUCACAUGUAGAUUGCCAGACCUUUCUUGCUAGUCCACAUUAGUCUGGAAGCUCUGCGGACAUCUGUUCAACACCAUAGCAACAUGCAAGCCUCCACCGACAAGACAGGUGGUGGUUGCACAUGACGUGCACUGUCUGGGACUCAAAGCCACGUCUCCUGCAUGGAAGGCAAAAGUUACCACCAAGUCACCAAUGCCCUCAAAGUUAAAAUGGAGGCUGGUAAACUACGCAGCUCUCUACUUGGAACCUCAGAAAGAUGGGGGAGGGCAAAAAACACUAAGUUACAAUCACCUGGCACCUUGAGAGCUCUAUCGAGGCUCAGAGGCAGACCUGAAUUAAAAACUCAACCUUGCUCCUUACUUACAGUGGGACCUGUAGCAGAUUGUUUUCACACCUCACAGGCUCAGGUUCUUCAUUUCCUAGGAAACAUCCACUCCACUAUGUUACUAUAAAGACUAAAUGAAACCGUAUCUAUAUAGCACCGAGCACCUUCCUCUUCACGAAUUUUUGAAAGCCCUAGAUGCUUCCUCAGGCAAGUGUUAGAGAAAAGACUGAGACUACUGUCUAGCUGGUACAAUUAAGCAAGAUAAUAACUUAUAAAUGCAAAAUUAUAACACCAACUUGCUCUUGACAUACCAGUCUCUUGUUAUGUUCACAUUCUUUCUUGACGAGUGCGGUAAGGAGAUCAUGCCUUCUUAAGGCUUCUUCUAUCUGUAAGGGGGACACACAAGGAAGCAGGUUAACGAUGCUGUUUGCGAGAUUCUCAAGGAUGAGCGCCCCCUUUCUGGUUUAGACUCCUACUUAUCUGAAUAUUGAGAGUAACUUACAUCAUCCUGGAGUUUCUUCUUUGAUCGAUUUUCUCCAUAUGCAUCUUUUUUAAUCUGUUCAACCUGUGCAAUUUGCUGUUUCCACAUUUUGCUUAGUGUUUGCCCAGAAAUAUAGAGAAAUGGAAACUGCUCCAGCAUCAGGGGCAGGAGGCUCUGUUCGUUUACUUUCACUGCAAAGUAAAAUGAGAUGCUAAACCUGCCAGCAGCUUUUCACAAGAGCUCUUAUCCCACCUUCCUGGUAGAACAAAGCUUAUCUGAGUGAUGUGGUUCUGUCUCUGAGAAGAACAAUUCUAAAUGUUUUAUUUUUGCAUUCCUUCUUUGAUCGGAAUAAGCCAGUUACUACUAGUAAGGAUGAAAAUAAAGCUCAAUAGUUCCAACUGAUGACACGUGGUGUAGUGAAGUCCAUCCGAACUGCCUGGCUGCCUCAGUGCCUGUGGAUGGAGGUGCUGUGUUGUAAAACGGAAGACUCCUCAGCCCUCUUGGUAGGAUGUACUUAGAAUAAAAAGCCUCUGUCUAAUGGGAUGUAGUUGGUAAGCCAGCAGCCUGGCAUUUCAUGUGGCCUGGUUCUCCCUGUAAUGGAACUCUUAACACUUACUGGCACCAACUGUCAAUACAACAGGAGCUGGACAAGCCAUCUGCUUGCCUUGGAGCAUCCUGUUUGUUCUAUCAACUUCCCAGAAAUAAAGGCGGCCAGAGUGAGUGAAAACAGGGAGGUUAUCGCCAGAGCAGCAGGUGGUGGGCCUGGCAUUUCUUUGGUGCCAACAUAUAAGGCUCCCUGAGGUACUGCCUCAUGGAAGACUUUUCCCUGUCUUUACAGAAAUCCAGCCAUAUGGCAGUGAUAAAAGAGGGAACGUUCUCUAGCUAACGUGCAUGUUGGUUUUCAGUGCUGUGUCCUUGGAGUGUAGCACAUACUUCCAAAUAUUGCCAGUUUUCCAUAAAGGACAAUUUUGUGGUUCUUACUUGGAAUUUCUUUAUUUGGUUUUGGGAAGCCACCUCUUGGACUUGGAGCUGUGGUUUUUCUGGAGUAAAUCUUCCAAGGCUGACAAGGUUUUGACGUUCCUUUAUGAACGGUUUCUCUGUGUAUUUUUUCCUUAGAAGCUGAUACAGAACAAAAUAGGAAUGAGAGAGGUCUAAUCACUCACACAUCAUCUUAAAUAGUAACAAAAAUGGGUAACUGAUCCCCAGCCAAACCAUCUAACUUCAGAUUUCUAAAAGCUGGUUAAUAUUCAAGGAAGUUAAAAGCAUCCUUUGGUCCUGGAGAGAAAGGAAGAAAAAUGCAGAACAAAACUCAAAUUCCCGAAAAAGGCCAGACUUACUGCUCUGAGAUAGACUAGAAGAACCCUGAGACUAUUACUCUAAAAUACUCUCUGAACUUGGAAUUGAAGCCUGGUGGUCACCUUUCAUUCAAACAACAGACUGGCUUCGAAAAUAAACAGUAUCACCCUUGAGUACUGUGCUCCCUUAAAUAAUCAACUCUAUGAGACCAAAUGGUCAACAUUCAUCCUAAAACAAGGGUGAGAUGCUAAUGAGGGGCAGGGAAGCUAGAUCAAUGGAAACAGAACAAAAAGAAUGGAAAUAGAAUGUUGACACAUUGUGAAAAACCAAUGUCAUGGAACAAGUUGUGUAAAAAUUCUUAAAUGGGAACCUAAUUUGCUAUGUAAACUUCCACCUAAAACAAUAAAAUAUUUUUUAAAAAAUAAAAUGGCACAUAUUAAAAAAAUAAUAAUAAUAAAAUUAAAGCACCCUUUAGUCUCUGCCAUCUCAGAAUUUGAAAACACAAUCUUUUUCAAGUUUCAUAGUCGCCAUAGUCCCAGACCCUAAAUAUAACCACGAUGAAUGUUCUGAUGUACUUGGUGCUUUGUCAGCUUUUUCCUGGUAGGUUAGCAGAUUCUUAAAACAAUGCUUAGUUGUAACCAUACUAAAUCUUAUACUCUAUUUUGUUCAUUAACACUUUAGAAUAAGCAUAUUUCCCAUGGCUUCACCGAAUUUCCAUAACCACCCUUUUGAAAAGCAAUGAAAAUUUACACUUUGGGUUUCUUAUAACCAGGUAUAGAGCAACUGGGAUUUUCUAGCUUCUUCUCUUAACUCUAUCAGCCUAAACUAUUUUAAAACCCUUGGUGAACUAAGCAACAGAAAUCCUUAAAACUGAUGGAAGUUUUAGGUGGGAAGGGAAAAUGCUAGUUUUUCUUGACAUAUUUGAGAACCCUGGCUACUCUAAGAAUGAGUUCAAAGUCCUACACUGUGAAAUCCUGCCUUUUCUUAAGGAGCUAAUGAUUAAGGCCUGUUGGUUCAUUUUUCCUUUCAAAAAGAUCAUCUCUACUUCCCACUGAUCUGAUCAAAUGGCAUUUAUUAUAGUGGAGACUUUUACCCACUGUUUCCUCCUGCUUGUCAUUUAUCCUUAGCGGUCCAGUAUUCUCUUGAACUUUAUUUCUUCUUAGUUCCCUUUCAAAUGCUUCACUUAUUGCCUAGAGGAGAAAAGGUCAUAUGAUAUUAUUAAAAACAUUUACAAAUGAAAUAAAAAAUUCACCUAAGAGCCUGCCAUCCCUGCGAUAUUGAGCUUAUUCACUUUUUUUUUUUUUUAGCUCCUUUCAAGCUCCUUAACAUAAACAUAAUUUUAACAAAGACGUAACUGGGGCAUAAAAUGAAAUUUUAAGUGCAUUAAUUUCUGUUCUACCAGUUUUUAUCAUUAUUUUGACUCCCAAGUUGAAGUUACACGCUGAGUGGAAGUUACAUAUUUCUAGAAGACAUCUGAAUUAGCUUCCGUUUUUCACCAUUAUAAAGCACGCUAUAGCAAAUUAAGUGUUCUAAAUUCAUGCUAUGUUUCUGCAUUCCUGUCCCACAGCAGGAAGUCUUCCUUGGUAAUCAUACCAGUCUCCUUGCUGAAUCCUAACCACUUCUACUCAUGUCUGUUUGGGUACUUUCUCAUCUUAUCUGUAAGUCAUGUGGAUUAUCAUAUUUAACCCAUAUCAAAUUCCUUUCACCUCUAAAGUUUUCUCUGAAAAUACCAACCCACCCUGAUCUCGUUUUUCUUAAUUCACUGGACCAAGUUAUUUUCUUACAGUUUCAUGAGUGGAAAUUUUAUGUCCCCUGAUGGAAGGGCAAAAGGUAUGUCACAGAAUUCUCUAUCAUCCACUCGGCACAAUACUAGAUGGAUCGUAAGCCUUUACUCAACAGCAUGUUCACUGUAGCAUCUGGCUGGGGGCAGCUGGUAUUGCCUGCUGCCCAACAGUAGUCAAGAGUUGGGGAUGGUACCUUUGCUCGGAAUCGGCGCAUAUCUGUUUCUUUUAAUUUUCGUUGCUUUGUUCUCUCCAUAUGGCGUGGUUUGUGUUUGUUCACUGGAGAAGGAGAGAGUGAGUGGGACCUGUAGGGUGGCUUUCUAGGCAUGGCAAGUCCUGCAACACAGAGGGACAUAAAUCAUUGAUCCCUGAAAGCCAGAAAUGUUCAGUUAGAAACCAAAUAGUUGGUUUUUAACAAAUCCAGGAGACCGAAGAGUGGGUGUGCUAAAUGUAUUUCCUCCUGUAACUAACUUGUAUGUUUAGUCACACCAACUAAACAGGCAAAUGCACACCCAUGUACUGUUUCAAAGAAGUAGGUUCUGUAUUUAACUUCGGGUUGAAAAUAGAGCCAAAAAAACUAGUUUGGUAACUUUCUGAAUAAAUUUUCCCGGAAGAUUCAAAUUUUCCUUGACGGCUUUUAUUUUUCCUUUCUCGUUCUUGUAAGUCUUUCGCAUUCAUUUUAAAUUUUAAGUUAUUAAGAAAACUGACUUGCAUAAUCUUUUAAAUGAUACAUGUUUGUUUUUAUGGCAUUUUAACUAAACCCAUAAGGUAUUCUUUAGUAACUGAAGGCCCAAUGAAAAUAGAAUUUUAACUUAAAAUGUGUUUUUGAAACCAGAUGUUAUGUGUGUGUGUGUGUACAAUAAGGUUAAUCUUCCUAGAGAUUAGCCAAGUCAAGCUUUGAAGGGAAGAGAGAUGGAACAGUUGAGAGGCGGAAAGACAGUAUUCCUGAGGGAGCAAAAAACAACUGAAAAAGUUAGUUUUAGAUUAAGAAACAGACUAUUUCUAGAGAAACAAGGGAUGCCCAAGGUAGAGAAAAAGUGCACAAUUUUAGUGGGUACAAGACAAUUGUUUGAGUUUGAACAAAAGACCAAACAGCAGCAAAUAUUGCAAGGAUGUGGCAAAGGAGAAGCUGUCACGCACUGCUAAUCUGAGUACAAACUGGCACAAGCACUCUGGCGAGCAAUUCGGCAAUACUGAGAAAGUGUCAACCCCGUGAUUCAGCAUUCUGCUAGAUGUAGAUGCUACAGAAACUCCUGCACAUGUUACAGGUUGUUCACUGCAAAAUUGUUUACAAAAAAUGGAAAUGAUUUAAAUGUCCAUCAACAAAGGAAUGGACAGAUAGUGGUAUAUGUACCUACUCAUGUGAUGGAGUACAUCGUACAGACUGUCACACAGCAGUUAAAAUCAACAUUUGUUGUUGUUGUUAGGUGCCGUCGACUUGGUAUUGACUCAUAGCAACCCUGUGCACAACAGAACAAAACAGUGCCUGGUCCUGCACAAUCCUUACUAUUGCUGUUAUGCUUGAGCCCAUUGUUGCAGCCACUGUGUCAAUCCAUCUCAUUGAGGGUCUUCCUCUUUUCCACUGACCCUGUACUUUACCAAGCAUGAUGUGCUUCUCUAGGGACUGAUUCUUCCUGACAACAUGUCCAAAGUAUGUAAGAUGCAGUCUCACCAUCCUUGCUUCUAAGGAUUCUGGCUGUACUUCUUCCAAGACAGAUUUGUUCAUUCUUUUGGAAGUCCAUGGUAUAUUCAAUAUUCUUCGCCAACACCACAGUUCAAAGGCAUCAAAAUCAAUGUACUGAAACAAUACUGGUGAAGCCAACAAAACUUGUCCAAAUCAAGGACACGGAAGCUCCACAGACACAUCCAAACUCCCUGAGAUACCAAAUUGCUGGGCUGAGGGCUGUGGGGAUCAUGGUCUGGGGGAACAUCCAGCUCAAUCAGCAUAACAUAGUUUAUGAAAAAAAUGUUCUACGUUCUACUUUGGCGAGUAGUGUCUGGGGUCUUAAAACCCUGUGAGUGGCCAUCUAGGAUACUCCACUGGUCUCAUCCCUUCAGGAGCAAGUAAAAAUGAAGAAAACUGAACAUACAAGCAGAAGAUUAGUCCAAAGGAUUAUAUGGACCACAUCUACCAUGGCCUCCAGUACAGCUAGAUGGUCCCUGGCUACCAGCAUGGACUGCUCUGACAGGGAUCACAAUAGAGGGUGCUGGACAGAGCUGGAGAAAAAUGUAGAAAAUUCUAACUCACAAAGACCACUUGCUGUCCUGACAAAAGACUGGAGAAACCCCGAGAGUAUAGCCCCCGGAUGGCCUUUAGCUGAGUAAUUAAGUUGCUCCUGAGGUUUACCCUUCAGCAAACGAUUAGACAGGCCCAUAAAACGAAACAAGACUAAAGGGGCACAACAGCCCAGGGGCAAGGACUACACGGCAGGAGGGGACAGGAAAGCUGGUUGGUGAUAGGGAACCCAAGGCUGAGAAGGGAGAGUGUUGACAUGUUGUGAGGUUGUUAACCAAUUUCAUAAAACAGUAUGUGUACUGUUUAAUGAGACGCUAGUUCUGUAAACCUCUAUCUAAAGCAUAAUAAAAAAAAAUGAUUGUACUGAAUCUGUAAGUAUCAACACAGAUUUAAGAAACAAUAGUAACAGAAAAAAGCAAGUUGCAGAAUAAAACAUAGACUAUGUAAAUUUUUAAAACAACAGCAUAUUUAGACUAUUAAUAUUUAAACUGUUGAAGUAUAAAACUGAGAUAAGAGAAAAAAACACCAACUUUGAGAUAAUAGUCUCAAUGAGGGGGGAAAAGAACAGACUGGGGAGGACAGAAAGGAUUUCAAGUCUUAUUUCUUAAACACAGAAGGUCUAAAGCAAAUGUAGCUCUUAACAUCUGCCACUUCUAGAUGGUGGAGAUACAAGUGUUUGAAAUUAUUUUUUGGUCCUUUUAUAUAUCUCUGAAAUAUUUAAAGUGAGAAAAAAAUGAAUGCAUUAAAAACGAGCAGAACUGCCUAGGUAGUUCACUUGGAUGUCCGCAUUCUAAAUCUCUGUGGGAUAAGUGUCUCUGGGAUAAGUACCUUGUCCAAGGCAAGGUCAUGGAAGCUCCACAGACACAUCAAAACUCCCUGAGAGACUGAAUUACUGGGCUGAGGGCUGUGGGGACCAUGGUCUCAGGGAAUAUCUAGCUUACCUGACACAACACAGUUUAUAAAGAAAAUGCCUCUACAUUCUGCUUUGGUGAGCAGCAUCUGGGGUCUUAAAAGCCUGUAAACAGCCAUCUAAGACUUAUACUCCACUGGUCUCACCCCUUCAGGAGCAAGUAAAAAUGAAGAAAACUAAACAUACAAGGGGAAGAUUAGUCCAAAGGACUAAAUGGGCCACAUCUACCAAGUCCUUCGCCAGACUAAGUGUCUCUGGGAUAAGUACCUGGCCUUAGCUUCUUUGGCCCAUACUCCAUGAUGCUGUCACUGUACUGAGACAGUGUCUCAGCAUUUCCACUCUCCACCUCUUCAUUCUCCACCUCUUCAUUCCCAGCACCUGCAUCCCCUUGUUCCUGUUCAGUCUUUUCUUUAAUUCGAUCACCCAGGGCACUUUUUAACAUCUGUUAAGGAAAUUAUUUCCAACAUAUUUCAGUGACUUCGGAAUGCAAGUCGGUAGCAGACAGAUAUAAUCUUUAAAGAGCUUCUUGUAAAAAUUAGAUGCUAAUAACAUGCAUAUUCAGUUUUUAAAGGGUGUAUAUCAAUGCUGGAAACCCUGGUGGCGGGUGGUGUAGUGAUUAAGAGUUUGGCUGCUAACCAAAAGGUCAGCAGCUCAAAUCUAUCAGCCGCUCCUUGGAAACCCUAUGGGGCAGUUCUACUCUGUCCUAUAGGGCUGCUAUGAGUUGGAAUUGACUAGAUGGCAGUGGGUUUAGUUUUUGGCUUAUACCAGUGCUACUGACUAUUCAGUCUCAAUCAACUUUAGAGUAAGUCAUAUAGGUAUUCAAUACAUUUAUUCAAUGAUACCCCAAAACUAAUACUGUAUUUUGUGAAAAUCAGUGAUCCAUCUACCUCAUUUUAUACCUGAUCUGUCUUUAGUGACAAAGGGAGACUACGUAGAUAUAUCUAAAGAUGAACUGUUUAAUGUAAACAUUUACAUUAAAUGAUUAAGCUGGUUUUCAUCAGAAUUCAGUAGUUGGGAUAUAUGUGUACCAGAUUUGGUUGCAUCACGACUAGCUGGAGAUCGUUGUUCACACCAUGUCCUACCUGCUUGACUUGUGGACUAUUUCCCCAGUACCUAAGACACAACUCAUUUUCCAAUGCCCUAAGCUGAGCUUUCACCUUCAGCUGGGGAUCAUUUAAAUGCUCACCAUCCCACAGGAAUCUCAAUAUUGAUAAAAAAACAAGACUUACCCAGUCUAGUUCAGAGAGCCGCUGAGAGAGUUUCUCCGACACGGCGUGCAGCUCUUGUUCCGUUAACGUCCUUCUCAGCCUCCGGGGAAAAGGUGAGUCCCAGGAUGAAACUGUAGAUCUGUUUUCAUAUCUGUAAUGAAAGUGACCGUGUGCUAUUUAAGUCCCUAAGUUUGCACAGUUCAAAACAACUGCAAUACAUGCUUUAAAGAAUAUUCCAUACUGGUUUUUGCAGCUUAAAAUUGGAGAAUACACCCUUUACUCUAGCAAGCCCUUUGCAGGCGGAUUGUAAACACUGAAGUCUACAGUAAUGUUACCUUUUUCCUUUGGGAAGCCUCCCUGUUCUGGGGUCUUGGACCUGAGCUGAGCAUACUUCCUGUUUGCUAUUUUUAGGCAACUUGGAAGUUGAGAAAAUGCUAUCAUCUGGUUCCUAUUAAAAACAGAAAAAAGUUGAUUUGAAAAAGCUAUAAAGACGACACAUAAAAGUAAGAACUUUCAGGGGUGUGUGUGUAUGUGUAUUUAUGGCACAAAGCUAGGUUCCUUCAUUCUCCAUGUUUUGUUUUUAAAUGUGCUUUUCAAAAUACCCCACUGACACCCAGUGCCAAAGGAAUGGUGCAAUGUCUACAAACUUGUGCUGAGAGAAAAAGUGUGGCUCAGGAAGAGUAUAACAAGUCAAGAUACCAUUCUUGAAACACAGAGGCAGAUGUUCUCAAACAUAAAAGUCAGAGGUUACAACUACACCUGGACAAUGAAACAAAUGAUUAAAUCACGGGUGCGAAGUAUUCAUGUCAUUAUCUUUCCUAUCAACAGGUCAGCAGAUGGCCUAAAAUUGAAACAGUUAAAGAAACCUCCCAAAAAUGAGUAUAAGCUCUUUAACAUUUUUAAUAAUUUAUUUUCUUAACCUUAGACUAUGGAAUCUUUGGGAAAUGUUUCUUGUGGUGAAGAAAUAUUUAAUGUGUAAAGAUCUCUUCCAUUUCACUUUGAAUCUUUUUCUUCUACUCAAGUAAAAAUAAAUUUAAUACUUUUCAGUAAAUAACAACUAUAAUAUCUCAUUAAAAAAAACUUUUUAUUGAAAGUUAAGAAUAAAGCUCAGUGAAUUAUUUCAAAGUGAACACUCCCAUUUAACUGCCAACUAGUCAAGAAAUAGAACUCUAGCAGCAAUUCAAAAGCCCACCCACCAUCCCCCUAGCACCUGUCAAGGUAACCAUUAUCCUGUGAUCCCAUUUCUCUCUUAUCUGCUCUCCCACCUAUCUGACAUAUGCACAGAAUGUUUAGAAUGAUGGUCACCUAAUGCUAAUGAAGCUUAUUUCACCUUUGCAUUUUUACUGCACUGUUUAAUUUUAUAUAUAAAAAGCUGUUCUUUCUGGAAAGAUGGGGGACAGGAUGACUAUAUAAAAAGGGAAUAUUUUUUCAAAGAAUAGUAGAGGCAAAGAGGCUGAGAGAGUACCAGUGGUUAAUUCUAGAUGAGGGGGUCUUAGUUUCUUCCCCACACUUGCUUAGAAAAAAAAAAUUUUUUUUUAAAUUAUUUGAUUAAGGACAACAACAUGGGUUCUGAAGCCAGAGCCAGAGCCUUGAGUUCAAAUCCUGGCUCUACAAUAACUGUGUGACCUCAGGCAAGAUAUUUAACCUGUCUGUAUCAGUUUCCCCACAGGAAAGUAAAAGAGUAUUCAUCCAGAGUCAUUCCCAUCUUCCUAGAACGAGAACAAGCAGGUGUAUGCAGAGGUGAUUUUAAGAAGUACAGUGCUUUAAUUAAUGGAAUACUGUUGACUGCUCUUCUCACAGAGACCUCUUUAAAUACAUAAGACUUCUAUCCAAUUAAAAGCAAGCUUUUCCAUUUACCGCAGAAAAUGUCGUGGGCUCUCCAGUAGAAUUCAUGGCAGAGGAGCAGUGAGUGGCACGCAAGUAUUCCUUUCCUAUGGGGCAGGGUGCUCGAGACUCUGAUGGGUGGUAGGGUGGAUGUAAAGGAAUGGCUGACCGAAUAGGCUCCCCUAGCUUCCUGGCACUUGAAGUCAUACUCACGGAAGGAAUUUCCACUAACAGAACAAAUUAAAUUGGACGUUACAGUGAAACUUCUAAGAAAUAAAUCACUUAUAUAUAUGCAUAUUAACACAAACAUGUUCACACACACUACUUAGAAGUAUAUUUUAAACUUGAUUUAAAAAUAGUCAAAAAACAAUUAAACCAGGAACUCAUCCUUAGUGAAGAAGUAUAGGUAUAAUGAAAUCAGGAAGAAUGUGAUUCUAACAUUACUAUCAUAAAAAUGUUCCCUGAAAAGUUAUCAAAAGAAUGCAGAAUUGGAAGCUACCUAAACAGCCUGAAGAAUGGCUAUAUGAAUGACGGUUCAGCCAUACGUAGGAAAAUGAUUUUAUGUAAUGCUACCACAUGAGAAUGCCAGAGAUAACAAGAAGGAACAUUUUCCAUGAAUAAGUAAUAAGGAGUAUUUUUCCAAGUUACUACAUUUUGUCACUCACUAAUAACUUGAAGACUACCAAUACACUAAUGUAUCAGAGACUCUUAUUAUCCUCAAGCAGGGAUCAGGGGUACUAAUUAAUAGCAAACAUUUACAAAUAUGGCCAUGUAAAACCAAGAGAGUCACAUACAAGUAGAGAGCAGCAAAAGUAAAAAAACUAAUAGCAAUAGUAAUUGUCCCAGGAACUAUUGUACCCAACUCAAGCAAUAGUCUCAAGAACUAAUCACCCAGUACUACUCACUGUCUUCAACAAAGGCUGUCCUGCUGCCGGACAAAAUACUAGAAGGGUUCAACACUUCUUCACGGGAUUUAGAACUUGGUGAGGUUGUGGCUUUUUUAGAUUGCAUUUCGUUAGAAUCCUGGGCACCUAGAAAAUAUUAACGAUAAAUUUUUUUUUUAAUUAUCAAAAUAGUCUGCUGAAUGUUUAAAUGGAAACCUAGAGUUUUGAACUCAGAGGAUAAAAAUUUCAGGAAUGCUCUAAUUAUAGAGCUAUGUUGGUCAGAUUGCUUGCAAUACUAUUCCUUUUAAUAACUAUCAGCAAGGUGCACUUGUCCAGCCCAGGAUCAUUUACACAAAUUAAAAGCAAUGUUUUACACCAUCUUUCACCACUUUGCUUUAGGAAAAAUAGGUGCCAGAGAUUCCUGAACUAGGAGUCUUGACUGGUACUACAGUCAAAGAUUUAUAGUCCAGAAAUUGAGGCCUAAAUGAGAUGCCUGUGAAUAUGCAUGAUGGAGAGAUCUGAUGUCUCAAAUCCAAAAGUAAAAGGGGAGGCUAUCAUAAGCCUUUAUAAACACCUUACUCUGGCUUCGCUCUCAUCCUUUUCUCCUUUGCCUUAAUCACAUUACUUUUAAACACAGUUCCUUCUACCUUGUCGGAGAAUUUACUUAAAUGGUCACACCUUUAUACAUGGCAGUUGGAAUCGCAGAACACCAUUCCUAAAAUCACCUUCCCUUUCUUUCCCAUCAAUCCACCAGACUGUUCCUUCUUGUAUUACUUGACUCUGAUUUACUCCGUUACUGUGCCUAUCCCGAUAGCAAACUGUGUCUUUGGUCUAAGGUCUGACUUAAGUUUUUGGACCUAAUUCCAUAGAAGGCAGCAUCUAUUCCUUGGAAUCAGUGCAUUAAUGCUGAAAGAGAUUUCAGAGAUGACUUAGCCCAAUUCUCUAUUUUGCACUUGGAGAAACUGGGGCUCAGAAAAGGGCCUGUCUAAAGUCACACAGCCAGUAGCAGUGUCUGGGUGAGAAUGCAGGCUACUUGAUUCUCAAUUUAAUGUACUUAAUUCUACACUUGCAUUCUCAUUCUUCCACUUAAACAUCUGGGGGAUACUAAGACAAGUAAUUUCAUCUUGUUUAUUUGACAGCCUCCAUAACUAGACAUAAGCUCCACAAGGACAGGGAUUUGUGACUACUUUGUUCACUACUGCCUGGCACAGUGAAGGCGUCCAAUAAACAUUUGCUAAAUGAAGAUGACGUGCCUUCUGUCCCUGGAACUCAGUUUACGAAACAGACAAACUGUAAGGUACCAUCCAAUAGCAUGAAUGGUAUUAGAGAAGACAGAAAGCCACACUGUAGGAAGCCAGGGCCUCAGAGCCUGACAGGUAGAGAAGGCUGGGCACACAGAGUGAGUUUACUGCGAAUAUAAAGAGGGGAAGAACAUUCCAGCAGAGGGAGUGACACAUGCCAGAGAAGAGCAUGGGCAGCGUGGUGGGCAGGUCAGGGAGCAGGAUCCUUGGAAGAGGAGCAAAGUGGAGGCUCAAAACCAGGCCCGAAAGAUCUUCAGUGUCUACCUUGUAUAAGCAGUAGGCUGCUGGAAAUGUGGCCUGAAGCCUAGAGGGAAAACUGCCACCGGGUGUAAAGACUUGGCAACUGAAACCAUAGCGUGAGUCACCCUAGUUCAGGAAACCGCACUUAGGGGGGUACUCCAAAAGCAUGACUAACUAUAAAGCUGCAUCCAGAAUUUUCUUCCUUGGGUAUUAACCAAAACGAAACCAGCAGCCACUGAGUCGAUUCUGACUCAUGGCCACCCAAUGUGUGCCAGAACAGAACUGUGCUCCGUAGCAUUUUCAGUGGCUGGUAUUUCAGGAGAUCACCAGGCCUUUCUUCCAGUGUGUUUCUGGGUGAACUCAAACCUCCAAGGUUUCAGUCAGCAGCUGAGCUCAUUAAUGGUUUACAGCACCCAGGGACGCCUCCGAGGGUAUCAGCUUCCAUGAAUUACAUGACAAACUUGCAUCCACUUAUUUUCUUGACUUAACUGCCCAUGUGCCUGUCGCUCCCUUGACUAUAUUUUGGAUAACUGUUCAUAGUGGGUAAUGAUAGUAUUCUGGAAUUUCAACUCUGAGGCCCAGUUAGGGCUCUGUCCUUCUUACCUUCAAACACUCUGAAGUGUGAUUAUUACAUUUUACAGCUGCAUGUUGAGUAACAAUAAUUGCUAUCUCAAGUUUGAGCUACUCACCAUUACUUCUUAGAGAAAAGGUGUGUGCUGUAUCCCCGAGUCUGAUUAAUUCACCAGUGGACUCUGCUUCAUCUUCAUCCCACGAGGGGCCCAACGCCUCCGACGACAGAGAGCACCUGGAAGAGGCGACUCACUCAGGGCCCAGCCUGAUCAGGAACGGCCUUGCCAGAGCUGCUCCUUGCAGCCCGCCUGCAGACUUUCAGAUUGCUUACUGCUGUGCAGAAAAGGGGACACACUCUGCUUGCUGCUCGUCCCUUCUUGCUGCCUGUCUGUUUUGUUUUUACUGUUACAUGAAUGGUGGCAACAGCUGUGUAUAAAACACCAAGGAUUAAAUGUACAGGAGGACACACCCAGAAAAAGGGGAACACUGGUUAUCUAGGCGUGUGGGAAUAGAGGAGAAUGUCAGGGGAAAAACGUUAAUUCUGCAUCAAAUACACUUGUAUGUUUCACUUUUGCACUUAUUUAUUUUAAAUCUAAUAAUGAAAAAUAAAAUCAAGAAUUGCAUCUCUCCUUGGAGACAAUUUCUCAACAAAUUACUAUCCCUAAAAAAAGGCAUUGCUUGUACUUCCCAAACUGUGACAAACUCCAUAAAAAUACCAAGAGUCAGGUGUUUAAAAUGAUCAUAGCAUCAUGUUGAGUCUGUAGUUAGAAAACAAGUGCAAAUCAAACCAGUAAUGACAUAACACUCUUGUCUGUGGAAGCAGCACAGAUUCUGACAAUGGUCAGUGAGGGCUCACGAGGGUGCAGUAACCUGGCCCAUCUCUACAGUUGGUGGGUGGAGAAAUAGUCAUGGCCUUUUUGGAAAGCAAUCUGGCAACUUUCAUUAAUAGGUUUAAAACAUUCAUACUCCUUGACUCUGAAUCUUGCCUAAAGAUAUGAGAAGAUAAAGGUAUUUAUCAUAUUUUUCAAUUAAAAAAGAACUGAGGAACAAACCUCCGCUUAGAGGACUGGUUUGUUAACUAUGCUGCACCCGUGUGAAUGGUGUGUUGUACGGAGACUGUACACCAUGCUGCACCCAUGUGAAUGGUGUGUUAUACAGACUAUACACUGCGCCCAUGUGAACGGUGUGUCAUACAGAGACUAAACUACGCUGCACCCACGUGAAUGGUGUCAUACGGAAACUGCAAACUACGCUGCACCCACGUGAACGGUUUGUCAUACAGAGACUGUAAACUACGCUGCAGUGUCUUAUUUGGAGACUGUAAACUACACUGCACUGUGAACGGUGUGUCAUACGGAGACUAAGCUACGCUGCACCCAUGUGAACGGUGUGUUAUACGGAGAAUGUAAACUACGCUGCACACACGUGAACGGUGUGUCAUAUGGAGACUGUAAACUACACUGCACUGUGAACAGUGUGUCAUACGGAGACAGUAAACUACGCUGCACCCACGUGAACGGUGUGUUAUAUGGAGAAUGUAAACUACACUGCGCCCAUGUGAAUGGUGUGUUAUACAUAGAUUAAAAAUGAUUAUCAAGAGUUUAACAACUUGGGAAAAGACCUGAUGUGCUAAAUUUUAAAAUGCAGGAAAUAAAAUUAUAUAGACAAUAUGACUAAAUCCAAAAAAGAAAAAAAAAACAGUAAAAAAGGACAGAAAUACAACAAGAUGUUCUGAGUGGUUGAUUUCAUCUUUUUUUUUUUCUGAUUAUUUUUCACUUCCCUGUACUUUCUAGGUUUCCUGCAAGGAAUAUGAACUACUUUGAUGAUCAAGGGAAAAAUGAAAAUGUAAGUGGUGGUUAAUGCUGAAAAUUAAGUAUUGUAAACCCUGGUGGCAUAGUGGUUAAGUGCUAUGGCUGCUAAUCAAAAGAUCGGCAGUUUGAAUCUGCAGGCGCUCCCUGGAAACCCUGUGGGGUAGUUCUACUCUGUCCUGUAGGGUCGCUAUGAGUCAGAAUUGACUCAACAGCGAUGGGUUUUUGGGUAUAGCUCAAGGUUCUUAAAAUUCCCUCAGGAAGGUUUAAAAUAUGAGAAGUUUGUAAAGUUUUCCCUUUAGCUUUGUUUUUUUUGCAGCCAUUCUAGCAUACUGUGUGCAAUUUUAAAUCUUAGCAGAAAGAAAAGGAUCACUUGUCUCGAUUAAAUUCACAGACAUCCAGUGCUACCUCCCAAAGGAAACUCUUUUCCAUGAUUCCUUAGUACUUUCUGGCUCUUCCAAAGGUACUCUUUCAUGUGAUUCUUUAAAAUGCUGUUCGGUUUCACCUGUUUAGAAUAAAUAAAAACAACAGCAACAGAAAAAACAAAAAACAACUCAAGUCAGUAUCAUAAUUUCUACAUAGAAGGUGGGGAUGUGAGUCAGGGAGGCAUUCCACCCCUCCUGGUAAACUGGGCUCUUGGGAAAGUGAAAUUAGGAAGAACCAAGUGAUCAUCUGCAACGAGGACACAUUUCUUGGGGAGAAAGAAAACAACACAACUGUUGCUUCAAAAGCAGGGUCUACAAUUGUAUUCACAAUGUUGUCUUUCUUACGUGCUAAGUCAUUUAUUAUUCUUUAUACCUUUUUGUCUAUCUGUAAGGGAUGUCUGAGGCAAUCAACUGAGAUGACUAGGAUAUGGCUUCAGAAAAAGAUGACUGUGUCAACCUAUCUCAAGCUCCAGGGCAGUUACGCCUUAGCCUAAGAAAAAACGUUGAUAACCACAGACCAAAUCAAGGCUUAGAUGAAAUUUUCCUUAAGACUAGUGGUUAUCAAUCUUUUUUCUAACCCUACAUACCCAAGGGAUACAUACUUUUCCCAGUGGCAGAGGUAUGAGGGCCAUGAUUUCAGGAGGUAGAUGGGUGCUUUGAUUCAGACUCACCCCUCUGGACAUGCCCGCUCCCAUUACUAGAGAUUUAUUGUUCAAACACCCACCUUCAUUUUUUUCUCUUUCUGAAUUCAGCAAGCAACAUUUUAAUAACACUAGUUAACAUUUACAGUGAGCUAGGCUCAGUGCUAAACUGUUUAUGCAUGGACUUACUUAACCUCACAACCACCAUGAAAGUAACCAUAACCCUUUUGGAAGAUAAUACAGCAAUACUGAUCUUCAUAAUUACCAUUAAAAAAUGUAAACCCAAAUUCCACAUAAAAAAUUGUUACAAUUUUGGGAAAAAAGUAAAACAGAAUAUUUAGGCCGUCACAAACCUAACUAUAGGUUGAGGACAGAAAUAUACAAAUUCUUCCUGCUGACACCUCGGCAACAUCCAAAUUUGUAAUAUAAAUCGCAGAUCUGACAUAGGAAAUUUUAGCAUAAGAAACAGCAUGCAAUUGUAGGAUGAUAUAUAAGUGCAGGCAGAAGCUUAGCUUUUCUAUUUCUUUAAAAUAAUGUAUAAACAACAUCCAACUUAACAAAGGACCUGACACUCUAGGACAGAGAACUCUCAACCGCUUGGAACAGUAAGAAUUGGAAAUUUGCGAUGAAAUUAUGUGCACUUUAUCAGGUGAACUGUAUUAACAAUUCCACUUCCUAUGGGGGAAAAAAAUAAGCAAAAAUAUAAAUGGUAAAAAGGGGCAUAACAGAGUAUAAACCAAAUUUUGAUUCUUAAACUUACUUUUCUCAUGAGAUGUUUCACUGACGUGUUCUGUAAGGUACUCCAGCAACCCAUCGAAUAUCUCUAGGAGGUUCUUAAUAGACUCUUUAUCUCCUUUCACUAUAUUUUCUCCUGAACACAGAACACAGAGCUAUUAAAAAUUUUAACCAAGAAAUCUGAAAACCUCAUAAUCUUGAAAUGGGUAAAACACUGUGAAAAUGUGGUUCGAGAAUAUAAGGACUAUAAACUAAGCCAGGAGAAGCGAUAGUAUAAAUAUUUAAAAACAUCAGUUUCCUGCUGACUGAUUACAGCUGAAGAAACAAAGCGAGUCGCCUUGAAUAUAAUGUUUGAUAAUGAUUCAUUGGCACAUUCCUUCCAUUUUCAAGAGCACAAUAUAAACUUUUAUUCAAACCUCAAUAAAAUGUCAGAAAAAAGAAGCACAGUAAUUGGAGUAAAGAAAACAGAUCCUAGUAAGAUUUAUGCCAAAACAAAAAGCAGCUAAGCAGAAUUUUAUUAGGCCUGGUGAAAAAAAUAGGCGAGAACACUUUCAGAUUGUAGGAGCCUACUUAUAGAUGGUGAUUUGUUCAGCAGAAAAUAGGAGUAGAGUAAUAUUUUUAAAACUAUUUGUUGGGAUACUUUCAUCAGGAAUUCAUAUUUUUUCACCCCUAUUCACUCUCUGUAGCUCUACCAUUUUUUCCUGAUUAAAGCCUAGCCACGGCUCCCUUUCUAAAACCUGAACCCUACAAAUAAACCCUUUUCAAUUUCACCACAGCCCUCCAACCUCUCCAGCCUCAUCUCCCACAACAUCCACUUUACACUUAGAAAUUAAUCUGUCACAUGGGGUCGCCAUGAGUUAGAAUGGACUUGAUGGCACACAACAACAACAGCACAGUGUUUUUAUUUUGUUAGCUGCUGUUGAGUCGAUUCCGGCUCAUGUAUGCAGAGUAGAACUGUGCUCCGCAGGGUUUUCAAGGCUGUGACCGUUUGGAAACAGAUUGGCCGGCCUGUCUUCUAAGGCACCUCUGGGUGGGUUUGAACUGCUAACUUUUUGGAUAGUAAUCGAGUACUGAGCAUUUGUGCCACCCAGGGACUCCUGGCUCAUAACAGACUUAAAUAAAUAUUAAGUUGAAAUGUUGAAAAGAAAAGGGUUGGUAAGAGCAUAGAAAUUUGACAUGUUUAAUGUCGUCUAAAAUGGAUUCCACAGCCUGGACCCUAACCACUGUCAGUGUGGAAAGUAACUCCUGCGACAAUCUGGCUGUCCUUUGAGAGAUCAUGCCUGGCAUCCUCAUGAGUUCAGACCAGUAUGGGAGAGGGAGGAGUGGAAAUUUGUUAUUUGAGAGAAUCAAGACAUUCAUAAUUUCAGCGAUGAUACAAAACAAACCUAAACCAGAGAUUUGAUGUUUUGUAAUACCGCUAGUAAAUAAACAGUGUUUGACAGCUGUUUUUUUCUGUUUAAAACAACGAACCAGAAAUCUUGUUUUCAAGCCCUGUGUUUUUCUGGUUUAACAAGAUACACACGUCUACCCCAGGGGCAUACUCAAGAUUUCUCAGUUUCCAGGAUGGGGAGCACGCUCUGCCAACGCAGCAACUGAGCCCGCUGGCCACGAUGCAGCACUUUAUGGUGAAGACACUGCUUUAAACAGAACACAACAAGCAGGAAGAGAGUGCUUGCAGUCUACUGGAAGAGGUAAGCUUCAUAACUUCUCAUGGGAUGGCUGUGAUUUGUUUUGGGGGCAGCUCUGCAUUAAAAAGUUCUAUAAACUUACACCACUUUGCUACAGUAUGUUUAAAAAGCACAAAUACCAGAAAUUGCUCUACUCAAAUGUUAAAGUGAUGCUAAUCUGCAAAGGAGCAGGGAAAUUCUGGGAUUACUCCCCCAAAUGAAUUCUCUCCAAAUUGAUUUACCACAUUCUCUCACCUAUAACUGCACUCAAAAAUUUAAGACAGAGUAUUUUCUCUUUCCAAAAAUUUGUUCUUGUCAACACAACAGCAAAUUGUUAUUAGGUGCCACUGAGUAGAUUCUAACUCAUAGUAACCUCAUGUGACAGGGUAGAACUGCUACAAUCUUUACAGAAGCAGAUCGCCAGGUCUUUCUCCAGUGGAGCUGCUGGGUGGGUUUGAACCCGCUUAGCCGUUUGCACCACGAGGGCACUUUCAAUAGCAAAUUAAGAGAUGUAAAUACCCUAUCCUGAUUAACUUAUCUCCAGUUUCACCCUUCCCUUCACUACUAUCAAAGAAUAAAUCAACAGUAUAAACCUUCUUUUAGUGAUUGAAAGUAUAGUUUCAAAUCCCUGAGACUGCCUUUGUUCAUUACCUCGAAAUAAUUCACUGAAAUUAUCCUUUUCUGACUACAAAUAUAGGAAUUUAUAAAUACGUUCAGUAUAUUUGGUUUUAGAAUACAGCACAGUAGGCACACUUUGUUUUAUUCUGGAAAAUGGUUCAAAAACAGUUUAUAGAUUUAAUUUUUUUUAGUAGGGAAUGUAUUCACAUGGUUCAGAAUUUAAAAAAGUAUACAAUGCAAAGAAAGUCUCCCCAACAGCCCAGAAGCUCCCCUUCUUGGAUGCAACAGAAUUAGAGGUUUCUCGUACAUGAUUCUAGAGAGUCCUUCCACGUGCAGUCAACUGCAUACGUAUUCUCUCCCACUUUAGAUUUUACAAACAGUAGCAUACACUGCACACUGUCACUGUAACUGCCCCACACGUCCCUCACACAACAGCAUACACUGGAGACUGACCCACUGACGUGUGACAUUGUAAAGAGCAUCCUCCGAUCACUUUUUCCAGCUGCAGAGUAGUUCACUGUAAGGAGCUGUUAUAAUUUACUUAACCAGUCCUUACUAGCAAGGCGCUGAGGUGUUUCUGAUCUUUAGCUACUAUAAAUAAGCAGCAUGGUAUGCUUAAAAUAACAAAAGCAAACCAAAGAACAUACCUCAAACUACCAGCUAGGAAACCUACAUCACAGAUCCAGCUCCACCAAAAACUCAGUGUUUGACUCUCCUGGAUAAUCUCACAUGUGUGAUCACCUUAACUACACCAGUUGACUAUCUUGGUUCACUCCUGCUGUUCGGUCUACCCCGUAAGCUCACUCAUUUAGUUAGUUAAACAAUGUUGAGGGUUCUAAUAAACCAUUUUAGUAAAAUCCGUAAUUAUCUAGUGGUUAAGUAUACACUUACCUGUUAUGUGAGACAAGCUGACCUGCAGGUAAUCCAGGGCCAGGGAAUCAAUUACUGCUUGUACAUUGUGUGCAUCAUCCUCCUGACUCCUGGGAAUAACUAUGAGGUCUGUGGGAAAAAGUUACAUCAUUUUUGCACCUAUAAGGUCCAAGUUUUUAUCUGCCUGUUUCUGACCAGGCUUCUGAGUAAGCUUAAUUGCUCCAAAAGUAGGCUCUGCCCAAACAGAACAGGCUAUAAAGUCCAGAUAAAGUUCACAGAGCCUGACUUCCACACAGUAAAAUGUUUGCUUAUUCAACCACCAUACAUAUGGACAUGCCUUACAACAAGCACCACGGUGAUGGAAGAUUAAAACCAAACCAAAUGUGCUGUCAAGUUGAUUCUGACUCAUGGCAAUCCCAUGUGCUUCAGAAUAAAACUGUGCUCGAUAGGGUUUUCCAGUGGCUAUACUCUUAGAGGUAGAUCAGCAGGCCUUUCUUCCAUGGUGCCACUGGGUGGGUUCAAACCACCAACCUUUAGGUUAGUUGAGUGCAAACUGUCCCACCCAGCAGCUUUACAGGAGAUUAAAAAAAAAAAGAAAAAAAACCAAACCUGUUGCCUCUGACUCACUGCAGCCCUAUAGGACAGGGUAGAAUUGCCCCACUGGGUUUCUAAGGAGCGGCUGGUGGAUUCCAACCACCGACCUUUUGGUUGGCAACUGAACACAUAACUGAUGUGCCAUCAGGGCUCCUUAGAAGAUAAAGGGGUCCCAAAAUCUAAGGAAAUGCUAAUACUCUGAUAAGCAAGGCAAGAAAUGAAGUGAGACAUUAACCUCUAGCUGUGGCUGCUUUCCCAGGGCACAAUGAGAUAAAAAGCAGCAGCAGCAGGUAUGAAAAGAAGAGUCUUAUAUAUCCUUUAAAGGAGCCUAUUGGGAUUUAUGGUAUAAAGGUCAGUACAGACCAGUGUGGAAAGACUUUAAUAUCAAGUUUGGAGUUUCAUUUCUGGUAUUAAGGAAAAUGAAUAUUUUGGGACAGGAUGAAAAAAGUAUUUAAAAAGACUGGUCUAAUAACUGCCAAAGAGAAUUAGAGAUGGUUGAAACUAACAUCAAAGAUACCAGCUGGAGGCUAUCCCAUUAAUCCUGGAAAUGAAUGAGGACACCGACUCGUGGUAACAGUGGGAAAGGAAGACAAGCUACACAGUUCUUAGAGCACUUAGUGGUUAUUCAUGAUUUAAAGAGACAGAGGCAGAAGAGGACUCUGUGGGUAAGGACUUUAAGAGAAAUAACCUGGGAUACAGCAAAAUGAUGUGGUAUUCCUAGAAAAAAUGAGGAAAUAACAACUUUGCAAGAUGAUAAAAAAAAAAAAAAACCAUUGCACUCAAGUAGAUUCUGACUCAUA